AUGCAGUUAAUACAUGCAUUUAGCAUAUUUCUGCUAUUUUUGUGCGGAACAAAUGCAUUUUAUUCACCCUCUGAUAAUGUUGUGGAGCUAACGCCAUCCAACUUCAAUCGCGAGGUGGUGCAAAGUGAUGCCAUCUGGGUUGUUGAGUUCUAUGCGCCUUGGUGCGGACACUGCCAGAGUCUGGUGCCGGAAUACAAGAAAUUAGCCGGUGCAGUUAAGGGCGUGAUUAAAGUUGGCUCGGUUAACGCCGAUGAGCAUUCCGAACUGGGUGGCAAAUAUAACGUACGUGGCUUUCCCACGAUCAAAAUCUUUGGCGCCAACAAGCAAACACCGAUCGAUUACAAUGGCCAGCGCACAGCCAAUGCGAUUGCCGAAGCAGCUCUCGCUGAGGCUAAGAAGAAGGUUCAAGCAGCAUUCGGGGGCGGCAGCGGAAGCGGAGGCGGCAGCAAGAGUGGCUCAUCGAGCUCCGGCGAUGACGUCAUCGAGCUAACUGAAGAUAACUUUGACAAACUGGUUCUCAACUCUGACGAUAUUUGGCUGGUAGAAUUCUUUGCUCCCUGGUGCGGUCAUUGCAAGAAUCUGGCUCCAGAGUGGGCCAAGGCAGCAAAGGAACUGAAGGGCAAAGUAAAGCUUGGCGCUUUGGAUGCUACGGCGCAUCAGAGCAAGGCAGCUGAGUACAAUGUGCGUGGCUAUCCGACGAUCAAGUUCUUCCCAGCCGGCUCGAAGCGCGCCAGUGACGCUGAGGAGUACAAUGGCGGACGGACUGCUUCCGACAUAAUUAGUUGGGCCAAUGACAAGCACACUGAAAAUGUACCGCCGCCAGAACUGAUUGAGAUUACGGACGAGACCACGUUUGAUACGGCAUGCGAGGGCAAGCCCUUAUGCGUUGUCUCUGUGCUGCCUCACAUUCUCGACUGCGAUGCCAAUUGCCGCAACAAAUUCUUGGACACCUUGCGUACAUUGGGCGAGAAGUUCAAGCAGAAGCUAUGGGGCUGGGCUUGGGCUGAGGGUGGUCAACAGUUGGCGCUGGAAGAGGCCUUGGAAGUAGGCGGCUUUGGCUAUCCGGCAAUGGCAGUUGUGAACUUUAAGAAGAUGAAGUUUUCGGUGCUCAAGGGCUCCUUCUCCAAGGACGGCAUCAAUGAAUUCCUCCGCGACAUCUCCUAUGGACGUGGCCAAACGUCUCCGGUGCGCGGCGCCAAAAAACCAAAGAUCGUUAGCGUCGAUCCUUGGGAUGGCAAAAACGGGGAACUGCCCACAGAAGAGGACAUCGAUCUAAGCGAUAUUGACUUGGACGAUGAGGUCAAGGAUGAACUGUAAUAACUUAACACCAAAA